UACCAUACCAGAGAGCUUUACAGAUACUGACUGACAUCACCCAUAUAAUCAAUGCUCGCGGUAGGAGCAGCAGGGGAUACUGCCCGUCACUCACGCUCAGACGAGGAAUCACUGGAGCUUACUCAAGCCACAAUAUCCUCCAGAAAGAUGUGACUGGUUAGCUGCCGGGAUCCAAUGUGUAGUAGCAGCAACUGCUGGGCUGCUCAUGCAGCGAAGAUACUAUUCAUUUGGUUCCUGCUACAACAAGCCCAUUCAGAUCAAGAUGGCUGUAAUUUACCUAAGCCCAAGUUCUCGUCUGUAAACAUGCACACUGUUUUAACAUGGUCACCAGUAAAUAUUUCAAGUGGAGUGCUCUAUGAUGUUAAAUACAAAAUGUAUGGUUCUUAUGAAUGGCAAAACAAAGUAGAAUGCACACAGAUCAAUAAAACUUGGUGUGAUUUAUCAAAUGAAACAUAUGAUUUUUCACAGAAAUACUUUGGCAUGGUUACAGCAACUUAUAAAGGCAAAAACUGCUCAAAUGAAAGCCAGAAAUUUUAUCCCUUCCUGGACACUACAAUUGGACCACCUGCAGUUGAAGUAGAACGUGGAGAUCGAUCUAUAUUAAUACACUGGUCAUAUCCGAAAAUUUGGAAAAGAAGCCCUACAGACAGAUCUUUGGAAAAUGUUUACAAGCUUGAUGCAAAGAUUGUCAUCAGUAACAACAAAAAUAAGGAAGAGUGGGUUGUUAAGAGACUGGAUGUUAAAGAUUUAGACCCAAACACCACGUACUGUGUUAAUAUAACACUCAUUGAUCCAUCACUGGGUAAAUCAAGUGAGUCUGCUGUGACUUGCGAAACCACACCAAUAGAUCGCACCUCAGAUGAAGUUGUUAAAAUGUUGUUCAUUGUUACUUCACUUAUUAUGACAAUCAUUUUAAUAUUAGUUAUAAUAUGUGUUGUUUAUAACUAUAUUCAUGUUAGCAAGCUGAAGUAUCCUCAAAAUCUGAAUCUACCUGCCGGAACAAACAAUGUUAUUUUUAAUGUUGAUUCAGACAAUGUCAAGUUUUACUUAAUUAAUGCUGACCAGGAUUUCUGUAAGUUAAAAAUGCAAGAAACAUGUCUGUCCUGUGAAAAUAGAGAACUUAAAAGUGAACCACAAAAGACUAACGAAGACAUCAUGGAGAAUGAAAGUGACAUUAUGGAGAAAGAUCUGGGUUAUGCAACUCUUAAGCAAAAUGUAUCCUUUAUUAAGCCCAGCAUUACACCAUAUGACAUGCCGCAUUAUUUUCCAAAACAACCGCCCUCAAGUGAGCCUGCAGAAGUUUUAGAAUUAGUUAAUACUGAGGACAGCAAAUAUGGAAAAAUGAAGGAAAACUCUGCCAUUUGUUCUGUACACAAGGAUAAUAUAUUAGGUGUAACGGAAAAUGCCUAUAAAGCCCACACAAAUUCUGUGACAUAUGUUCCUAAGGCUUUUGAUGAAUCCAUAAAUCAGUGCAAUGGCAAAGUAGAAGAAAUACCUGUAAACUAUAUUUCAAACAAUUUGCCUCAAGAACUGAAUGUCACAAAUUUUUACAAUGACAACUUUGCAGUUGAUUGGAGCCCUACUUCCUUUCAGCUAAAUGUAUUAAAGUUAUGCAAAGAAAAUACUUUGGAAGAUUCUAUCAAUGAGGAGGAGGGACUCUUGUCAAAACUUUAUGUACCUGUCAAACCUGAGGAUUGCGCUGAGGAAGAUGAAAUCAUACAAUUCAGCGAACGCUGGGGGCUGAAGAUACAAAUGCCAGAAUAGAUACAAUACUGUACUGCAUGUUCAAAUAUGAAAGUUUAACCAUGAUAAUCUUCCAUAUAAAUUUUUAAAGGGACAGUCUACCAUAGAAUUGAUAUUGUUUUAAAAGAUAGAUAAUUCCUUUAUUACCCAUUCCCCAGUUUUGCAUAACCAAGACAGUUAUAUUAAUACACUUUUUACCUCUGUGAUUACCUUGUAUCUAGGAACCUUCUUUCAGCCCCCUGAUCACAUGACUGUGACUGUUUAUUAUCUAUUGUCUUAAAUUUAGGAUUGUAUUGUGCUAGAUCUUAAAUAACCCCCUGUGCCUGAACACAGUGUUAUCUAUAUGGCCCACAUGUACUUUCUGUCUCUUUGUGUUGAAAAGAGAUUUAAAAAGCCUGUGAUAAGAGGCAGCCCUCAAAGGCUUAGAAAUUAGCAUAUGAGCCUACCUAUGUUUAGUUUAAACUAAGAAUACCAAGAGAAAAAAGCAAAUUUGAUGAUAAAAGUAAAUUGGAAAGUUAAUUAAAAUUAAAAGUCCUAUCUGUAUAAUGAAAGUUUAAUUUAUACUAGACUGCCUCUUUAAGGUCAGAUAACAAGUGGCGGGCAGUUUUUUACCGGCUUGCGCACUAACUGCACUCAAGUUAAAAUAUUAUUGUGGAUGGAUUUGCAUGCAUAUUACAAGCUGAAAGUAAAAAGUUAGUGGGGUAACUUCAGGACUUUGGAUAUUGUGACUGUGCUAACUCCUCCCAAAAAAGAAACUAUUACUUAUUGCUUUAGCACUAAUCCAACACUGCUCUAGAUCAACUGCACUAAAGCUAAAGGUGCAUUAGAAAUAUUUUACAACACAUAGAAAUGUUCUUUUUAUUUUAAAAUAGUUAUGUAUAUCUAUCUAUAUAUACUUUUUAUUUUGUAAAAUACACAGUAUAUCUAUACCUAUAUACAGUAUCUAUAUUAAUAAAAAUGCUAUUGCAUGUUUAAAGGUAUUUAACUGAGAAGGACUCAAAAGCGUAUAUAUAUGUCUAUAUAUGGAUACAUAUGUCUAAAUGUGUGUACAUGUGUUUGUAUACAUGUCUACCUAUGUAUACAUGUGUGUAUAUGUAGGUAUGCACAUACAUAUUUGCAAAUAUAAACACUACACAUGUAUACACAUAUAUGUAUACAUACAUAAAUACAUAUAUUUAAACACACACACAUAUUUAGACACACACACACAUAAACAUACACAUUGGAGCCCUUUCUAAUUAAACACUUUGCCAUUUACCAUAUCUAUUUUUAAACCUUUUAAAACAUAUUUAUCACUAUUAAAAUAUAUAUUUUAUAUUAAAAAGUGUAUAGGUGUGUAAUACUUUAUUUUAAUGUGCUUUUGAUGUGUUUUGUGCAACUUUUUUUUAACCCUUACACUUCAGGUCUCAAGUCACGCUAAAUAUUCUAGCACAGUUUCGGCUUUUGCUCGAUCACAAACUUUAAUUUUCAACUUGUAAUACCAGUGCUAUUUAGCACAGUCGCAAUUUCUAUUGAAAGUAUAGGUUGUGCUUACCCUUCUCUGGUAAAUGACAUUUACCAUGGACAUGUAAUAUCAUGUCCAUGGUAAUAUAAUAAGUUGCACUCUAAAGUUAGAGCGAUCCAGCAAUACGUAUAGUGCCAAAUACUAAACAUCAUUUGAGAUGAUUGUUUAACUCCUUUUUUUAUGUACAGACUGUCAAUUGCUUCUGUCUAAAUGUAAGGUAAGUUAAGAGUACAUCUUCUCCAGUAAAAUUCUUAUAUUCUCUACCACACCCAUAUAUUAGAUUUGAAACGGAGAGUGCUAAAUUUUUUACUUUGACCAGAAAGUUUAAAUCACGUAAGGUUUAUAGUAAAUAUAUGUUUGUAACUCACAUGUAAAAAACUCUCUGUGUGUGUGUGUGUGUGUUUGAACUGCUUAAUUAUUUUAUUUACUUUAUUGCUUAAAAAUAUAGAGGAUAAACAGUGUUCUCCCCAGGACCUAUGUAAUGGGCACACCACCCGCCUGAUUUUACUGACCACAUGGCUAAAAUUCAAGGCAGUUUUAAGUUAAAAUUAGCUAAUAUUAAUUGUUUCACUGUUUGUUAGCCAAAUUAUCAUUAUAGCGACAGGAAACAACAAAAGCCAAAUUAUCAUUAUAGCGACAGGAAACAACAAAAGCCAAAUUAUCAUUAUAGCGACAGGAAACAACAAAAGCCAAAUUAUCAUUAUAGCGACAGGAAACAACAAAAGCCAAAUUAUCAUUAUAGCGACAGGAAACAACAAAAGCCAAAUUAUCAUUAUAGCGACAGGAAACAACAAAAGCCAAAUUAUCAUUAUAGCGACAGGAAACGCCAACAUUUUCUUUUGUUAUUCGGAUAGCACAUACAAUUUGAAUCAACAUUACAAUUUGCUUCUACUAUCAAAUUUGGUUCAAUCUCUUGUUAUCCUUUAUUGAAGGAAUAAUGAAAUCUAGCUGAACACAUCUAUUUAGCCAAUCACAGGAGACAAAUGUGUGCAGGCAUCUAUCAGCAGCCAGCUCCCACUAGUGUAGGAUAUGUGCGUAUUCUUUUUCAACAAGAGAUACUAAAAGAGCAAAUCACAUUUGAAAAUAUAAGUGAAUAUAAAAUUGUAUUAAAAUUGCAUGCUCGGUUUUUCUAUCCCUUUAAAUCAAUUCUUGUUAAAUUAUGCAAUUACUUUGUGCUUCAGACACAUAAAGUAACAUCUAUAAAUAUCAGAAAAUGUUAUUAUAUUGUAAUUAAUAACACACACACCCCCCCACAUGCAUACCCCCCGAGAUGGCAACAUUUUCUGUGCAGAACACUGAUAAAGCUAUUUUUAAAUGGAAGUCUAGUUUGAUGCAGCUAAGCAGCAGUUGAUCUGUUUAAAGCAUAGUAUUUGUGUUUUUAUAAAGAGGGAUCUGUGUUUUUCUGUUUUUAUAAAGAGUGCAUGUGUAGAGUUACAGUUUUGGAUCUGAAAUAAACUAACAGUGUGGCCUUGGAGAUACAGCCUUUAAUAGGUUAUAUCAUCUGGUACGUCCUUUAUAUUAAUAAAUACAACACUAGCAUCUGGGGGUUGAAUUAACAUGCUGAAGUGAAACACAAGGUGUUUUUUAAAUAAUUUCUAUAUAUUAUAGUUUAAAAGACUGAAAUUGGUACAUUUCAUUUAAAUAGACAGUCAACUCAAAAUGUUGUAUUUCUUAAAAAGAUAGAUAAUUCCUUUAUUACCUAUUCCCCAGUUUUGCACAGAAAACAUGGUUAUAUUAAUAUACUUUUUACCUCUUAGAUACCUUGGGCGAGAUUACAUAUGCGGCACAAGCUUCAAUGUAACUGUUGAAACCCGCGUCACCCGUAAUUUCCCCUUGCACAUCGGGGAAUCGCAUAAACCCCGCCGUAACUCAAAAAAGCGAUGUCCAGAAAUGAGAGUAAAUACACAUUUCUGGAGUCGCCAGUGACUUACCGCAGUUUAGAAACUGCUGGCGCAUAAAAAAAAAAAAGUUUAAUAUCCCGUAAACGUCUAACACACCUCCCAAAAAUAAACUUGGCACGUCAAAAGCCCUGUAUCCGCAAUCCCCCCACAUAACAACUAAUAAUAAAAGUAUUAACCCUUAACCGCCAAACUCCCACAACGCAAUAUACCUAAUUAAACUAUUAACCUCUAAUCCGCCAUUCACCCACAUUGCAAUCUACCUAAUAAAAGUAUUAACCCCUAAAUCUGCCAACCCCAACAUCGCAAACUUCCUAAUAAAUCUAUUAACCCCUAAUCCACCAUCCCCCCACAACGCAAAUAACUAAUUUAAUUACUAAGACCCCUAACCUAACACCCCCUAAAUCAACCACUAUUACAUCAAUUUAAAUACAAAUUUACAAUUAAAAUAAAAAAAUUUAAGAUUACUUUAAAAAUAAAAAACUAAGAUUAAAUUAAUCUAAAAUUGCAUAAUAUAAAAAAAGUCUAACAUUACAGAAAAAAAUAAAACAAAUUAUCAAAAAUAAAAAAAUUAAACCUAAUCCCUUAGAAAAAAAAUCAAAAAUAAAAACACCCCCUAAUUUAAAUUUAACUACCAAUUGCCCUUAAAAGGGCCUUUUGUAGGGCAUUUCCCUAAAUUAAACAACUCUUUUACAUUUAAAAUAUACUAAGUCACCCCUAACAGUAAAACCCCCACCCACCAAACCCCCAAAAUAAAAUAACCUAACACUAAAAAAAACUAAACUACCCAUUGCCCCUAAAGGGGCAUUUGUAUGGGCAUUGCCCUUCAAAGGGCAUUCAGCUCUUUUACAGCCCAAAAGAACUCUAAUCUAAAAAUCAAAGCCACCCCAAAAAAUAAAAAAAAAUCCUAAAUCUAACUAGUAACCACCAAAUAGGUUCUCACCGUUCCUGAAGUCCGGUGGAGAAGGUCCUCUUCCAGGCGGUGAAGUCUUCUUGGAGGCUGCAAUAACUUCUUCCAGUGAGGGGACCUCUUCUAGCUUCAUCCAGAACAAAGACGCGGAGCAGAGGUGACCGCGGAGCCAUCCAGCGUGGAGAUACUCUUCGUACGAUCACCGCCGCACACUGAAGAUUGAAUUCAAGGUACCCAUUCAAAUCAGCCAAUGGGAUGAGAGCUACUGAAAUCCUAUUGGCUGAUUUGAACAGGGGGUUGGCGGUUUAGGAGUUAAUAGCUUAAUUAGGUUUAUAACGAUGUGGGGGGUUGCCGGUUUAGGGAUUAAUAGAUUUAUUAGGUUUAUUGCGUUGUGGGGGUUUGGUGGAUUAGUGGUUAAUAGAUUUAAUAGGUUUAUUGCAUUGUAGGGGUUUGGCGGAUUAGGGGUUAAUAUGUUCGUUAGAUACUUUGCAAUGUGGGAGGUGAUGGAUUAGGUGUUAAUAGGUAGAUUGCGAUGUGGGUGAUGGCGGAUUAGGGGUUAAUAUGUUUAUUAGCUAUAUUGCAAUGUGGGGGUUGGCAGAUUAGGGGUUAAUAUACUUUAUUAGUUAUUGAGGAUGGGGAUGGUGGUUGACAGGUAGGUAGAUACUGCGCAUGCGUUAGGUGUUAGAACUCCCAGGGAGUUACGAUACUUAUAUAUUCAGCGCAAGGCUUGCUGCGCCUGCCUAUGGGUGGCGAGGUGAAAAUGAAGUAAAAUUUCUCCAAGUCCUUGUGCUGAAUAUGUGAUACCGACAUGCAACGCGGUUCUAUGUUAGUUUAUGGGAGUAAAAUUAGCGGGCGACAGGUGAAAUAUACUCGCCAUAUAUGUGAUUGCAAUACCGGACUAAAAUACAGCGUUACCGGCUUAUGUGAUUGUGCCCCUUGUAUCUAAGAAUUUUCUGACAGCCCACUGAUCACAUGACUUUUUAUUUAUAAUCUAUUGACUUGUAUUCAAGCCAAUUAGUGCUGUGUUGUGCACAACCCACGGGCGUGAGUACAAUGAUAUCAAUAUGGCUCACAUGAACUAGCAGUCUCCUGUUGUGAAAAACAAAUAAAACAGCAUGUGAUAAGAGACUGUCUGUAGUGGCUUAGAAACAGGCAGAAAUAUAGAGGUUUAAAAGGUUAUAAAGUACAGGCAUACUUCGUUGUAUUGCGCUUCGCUUUAUUGCGCUUUGCAGAUAUUGCUCUUUUUACAGAUUAAAGGUUUGUGGCAACGCUGUAUCGAGCAAGUCUAUUGCUCCAUUUUUCCAACAUAUAUAAACAGAAAUACACACACAGCACCAUCAAAAAGUGUAUGACUCAUUAAAGGCUCAGAUGAUGGUUAGCAUUUUUUUAGCAAUAAAGUAUUUUUAAAUUACGGUAUGUACAUUGUUUUUAUUUAGACAUAAUGCUAUUGCACAUAUAAUAGACUACAGUUUAGUGUAAAUAUAACUUUUAUAUGCACUGGGAAACAAAGAAAAUAGUGUGACUGCACUCUAUUGCUAUAUUCCAUUUAUUGCUGUGGUCUGGAACCAAACCUGCAAUAUCUCAGAGGUACACCUGUAUAUUAAUAUAACAAUGUUGGUUGUGCAAAUUUGAGGGAUGGGUAGUAAAGGUGUUAUCUAUCUUUUUAAACAAUAAGAUUUUUGUGUUGACUGUCACUUUAAUUAAUCACUUAUAUGUCCCUUUAACCUUGGUGGCACUUGUGAAAAAAAUAAUUGUGGCCUUGGUACAUUUAUUUGUCUAAAAUAUUCUUCAAGAUGUUAUCUGAGGAAGUCUAUUCUCCUGCUUGUGUAUAUAAGAUCUACAAAUGUGAUAAGUGUUAGUUACUUACCAUCUUUUGAGCAGACCCUGUGAUUAUGUAUUGUCUGUCUGGAUCAGAUGUGGUUUCUGCACGCUUGAAGAUAAAUGUAAUUGCUUGUGUGGUAUCUCGAAAUGUAUAUUUGUUUUUUGUUUUUAAAUGACAUGCUCUUAUUUGUUACAGCACAUAAUUUUAUGACUAGUGACCCUGCACCUCUUUGUUUUUAACCACCACAAAGGGGUUAAACACAUAGUAUAAGUACAGCUAGGGACCCACAGAGCACAACUCAGCUGUGUGACUACUGCUGCUGAUUGGAUCAGCAUACGUUUCUACUUGGGACAAGCAGUGCUCGUUGGGUCCGGAGUGCUAUUUCUACUAUGUGUUUAACCCCUUUACAGAAUAUAUACAUACAAGUUAAAUGUUUUAUAAACUAUAAUUUUGUUUACAUCAUUUGCAAACUUCACCUACUUCAGAGCAUUCCUGUGAUACAUCCCUUAAAAAGCCUAGUAAGUAAGAAUGCUUACUUCUUCUUUUUCUGUCGCCACUUAGGCUCAGUUUUUAAUGAGCUCCCCACUGAUCUAAACAAUUGCUGGUUAAUCAUGUUGAAGGGCCAUGUACAGGGGCGGAACUACAGGGGUUGCAGAGUACGCAACUGCGACUGGGCCCCUGAGGGUGGGGGCCCAGCUUAAAAUAAAAAAUAAAAAAAAUAUUUUCCAAUAAAAAACGUUGACCUGUCACUUCCUGCACUGAUAUAAUGUGAGUGUGACAUAAUGCUUCACUAGUGUCUCUGACUACAGGGGUUAGUGUUUCUGUUUUACCCAUUGGUGUUUAUGUGUGUGUGUGUGUGUGUGUAUGUGUGUGUAUUUAUGCAUGUGUGUGUAUGUUUGUGGAGCCAGCAAAUUUCAGACCUGGUUACUACAGCAUGGGGGGGGGGGCGAGGGGUAAACAGUACCACUAUAUACAGUACGGGGGGCUGGACCAUGUCACAGACUACUGUGGUCACUUUAUAAAGUACUGGGGCGGGUAGGGUCAGCCCAGCCAUCUCAUCGGCAGAUUACAGACUGUGUCACUAACUCACUAUAUACAGUACUGGUGGGUUAAACAGUGUCACUAUAUACAAUAAUAGGGGGUCAGACCAUCUCACAGACUGUGGGCACAGAGUACCUCCUUGUGCAGACAUGUAAUCUGAUUCAGAUUUUUCUUCUGUGUUAAAUGUAAAAAAAAAAAAAAAAAAGAUAUGUAUCAAAUUCACCUUUUUUUGGGGGGGUGGGGGGGGGCCUUCUUAGAUUCUUGCACCUGGCGCCUCUGGCCAUGUAAACUGUAAUAUACUUAAAGGGGCAUUAAACACUUUGAGGUGGUAAUAUAAAAUGAUAAAUCAAAUAUAUUAAAAAAAACUCUUCAAUAUAUUUGUAUUAUUUAUUUUGUCUUCUUUUCCUGUAAUUCCAUUCUGAAGUUGUGAGCUUUCCAGUUCCUGGAAUGGAAGUGCAGAACACUGUUAUAUUCCACACAAAAAAAAAUUAAACAAAUUUACAUUC